AUGUCUGACUCUGACAGCGAUAUCAUUAUUGCAAGUGCUGCAUUUAUUAUUUUGUCGCGAAAACUCAAAAAUAAAAGAAGGACGUUGGAUUUUGAUCAUUUACUAUCUCUGACCAGCGAAAAAAUUCGAAAAUCAAGUACGAAUUUUAGAGACUCGAUUCCUGCAUAUGACAGACUAGCAGUGACUUUGCGAUUUUUGGCAACUGGAGAUUCCUAUGGAAGCCUGAUGUAUUUUACUAAAAUGUCUAAAUCGACAAUAUGUAAUGCUAUAUCUGAAGUAUGUGCUGCAAUAAAUGAAGCAUUGCAAAACUAUGCUAAGGUAAGUAAAGUUAUUACUUUUAUACAUACCGACACACCUAUUAUCACGACCGUAAUUAUUAGUGAAAAUUGCAGUGAUGUUGAUUGUUGCCAUUGUGGUGUGGUGUUUCUUGACCCUACUGAAGUUGCAGGUUGUGAAUGUGUUGUUGAAUCUGACUGUAUCGUAACUAAUAUAUUGAAAUUUAAUGCUGCUCCGAAAUAUUUGAGUACCUUGGCCGCUACCAUAUAUCUGAUGGCGACUGUACAAGCACCUGUUAACAGCGGAAGCGACUUUUUUAAUUAUAAAUCCACAUUCAGUGUGGUGUUAAUGGCCAUAGUAGACGCUAACUACAAUUUUAUAUUCGCCGAUAUUGGUUGUCAGGGCAGAAUAUCAGAUGGCUGAGUUUUCAGAAACACUUCUUUCUAUCAGAAACUACAAAAUAAUGAAUUAAAUUUGCCCAAUGACCAAAGCCUUCCAGGAAGACAACAGAAUAUGCCAUUCGUAGUUGUAGCAG